ACUGUGGAAAUACUGACGCCCCUUUUUAGUUUUGUGCUCUCCACUCGCAAAGAAAGCAAACCCUCGCUCCUUCGCAUCGCAAAUCUCCCGGCCCCCGCCGCCGGAAGACUUGCCCUUCGGACGACAGCAGAUCUCGCCGCACACGGACGCGCCGCCCGCCGAGGAACAGCAGGUUGUCGCCGCUGGACCGUACGGACUGAACGCUCGCUCACCGAACGCAUUCCCGGACGAUUUCCUGCUCCGCCGCCGCCGCCCGACCAGGAGGAAGAGGACGAGGCGGCUGCUCCGGGGUAGGCCUCCAUGCACCCGAGGUCACGCAUUCGCGGCCGGGAGCCGCCGCCGCCGCCGCCAGUGUCGGGAGGACGAUACCGCCGCCGAUCCCCGCCGCGUCACCACCGCCGGCCGCCCCGUGACCCGCUGCCCCCGUCCCCGCUGCCGCCGCCGCAGAGGCGCAGCAGCCUCGAACGCCCGCCGCGCCGCCUGGAGGAGAAGCACCCCCCGCCGCCACCUCCGCCGCCGCCGCCGCACCACGCCUCCAUCGGCUGUGACCGGCGUUCGCGCGCCGACGUGCUUCUCGAGGCCGGCCGCCUCGCGGCCCACUACCUGGUCGCCCAGGGCGUCCUCCCCGAGCACCUUCUCCACGCCCGGGAGCAGGACCCAAAUCACGUCACCAGCAUACCCGAGCCGCCCCCCGCGGGAUACGUCUCCAGGAAGCAGCGGGACGACGCGUACCCCGAUGACGACCCGAGGUGGCGGCGGAACGAACGCGCCGGCGCCGGCGCCGGGGACUGGGCCCGCGACAGCUACAACAAGGGAGACGACGACAGGCCGUCCCGGGCUAGGUCGGGAUGGGACAGGAGGAGCCAAAGCUUUGACGAGAGGCGCAGGCAUAAAGACGGCGGUGAUGUAGAUCGGGGUGGCCGCCGGGGCCGUGCCUACGAUGAACCCAGGAGACCCCCCAUGUCACGCUCCUAUUCGCAUAACGACCGCCGGGCCUCCGGCGAUGACCGGCGGCCUGCUGUCGACGGUAGGCUGGAUCGAAGGCGGCGCAGUAGGAGCAGGAGCAGGAGCAGGAGCAGAACCAGGACCAGGAGCUACCACAGUGGCGGCCGGAGGGAGUCGGAUUGGCGAGCUGGCAGUGGUGAUCUGGACCACAAGAAGGUCCCACAGUCUAGAACUGUUACUGGCGGCGAUGGUAAUGUGGGUGGAGAUGAUGUCGAUAAAUUUCCGAGGGAUGCGAAGGCACCUCGGUCUGAGGUGGUUGUGGAGGCAGAUGGUGGUGGCAGCCAUGAAGAUGAAGGGAUGGAAUCAGAGGACCGUGGUCAAUCAGAGGGUCAUGGUCAAGAUGAUGGUACCAUCCAUGAAGAUGAAGAGAUGGAAUCUGAGUAUGAAGAGCAAGAAGUUUGUGAAGAUGAGGAGGAGGAUGAGAAUGAUGCAGUUGCUGGCUUGAAUGAUGCAGAAGCUGGUGAAAUAAAUGCCACUGAACAACAACUAUCCAAUGCGGAUGUUGAACUAUCCCAUGUGGAUGUUGCUCAGCCAUCAGAGCCUGUUGAGGAACCGACGCAUAUGGAGUCCCAACUCAGCGAUGUCGAGGGGGACAUGAACGGUGGCGUUGCAUGCAGGGAGACAUGCCAAAUUGAACCAGUGGCUAACAACAGUGAUUGCUCUGAAGUUAGGGUUGAAAUGGAGGCUCUGCCCUGUGAAGUUGAACCUGAUGUUGCCGAUCUUACCAGAGAUGAACAAGAGCUACCAGCUUGGUAUGGAAUUUUUGAUCUCAACGUCGCUGGAACUCACGAGAGCUGUGAAAUGUCGGAUAUUCCCAGCAAUCCUCCUGCUGACCAUGCUUGUGAUUCUUUGCCUGAUUUGGUUGGUUUGGUGAGCCAACAGGUGUGCUAUGAUACUUCAGAAACUCAAGGUCAGUAUGAAGGUGAAUGUGCAGAUGAUAACCAACAGUCGGAAGACACACAGAUGCUUGUAAAUCAGGGCAUUGGUACAUAUGACUUGAAUGAUAGAAUACUUCCAAAUCAGAGAUCUGAUGAACAUGAACAGGAUAAUCAUCAGCUGGUGGAUGAGCAAAUGCUUCUAAACAAUGAGGAAACACUUCUAAAGCAAGAUGCAGAUGAGCUCGAGGGUCAUAAUCACCUGAUCGAGAAUGAGCAAAUGCUUCAAAAUCAGGACCCUGCUGUGCAAGUUUUGGAAAAUUACCAUGUGAAUGGUGAGCAGUUGCUACACAUUCAUGCUACAGAUGAACAUCCUGAAGAUAAUCACCGGAUAAAGAAUGAGCAAAUGCUUUUACAUCAUGUUUCUGGUGUGCAUGAAUUGGAUAAUUGCGAUCUGAACGGUGAACAAAUGCUUCUACAUAACGAUGCAGAUAAACCUGCAGCAGAUGGGGGUCAGUUAGAGGGCAGUCAAAUGCUUUUAGAUCAGGCUGCAGACAGACAAGCUACACUUCACAAUCUGGGCAAUGGCCGAAUAAUUCCUGUAAUUAAUCUAGAAGAUGAUGAAGAAGAGCAGUCUGACACCAGAGAGUUUUUAGAACCCAAAAGUGGCGUCUUACGGACGGAUAAUGCUCUACAUGGACAUAUGUAUUCUCAAGACAAGCAAAGCUCAAGUUCUCCUGACCAUCCUCAGACUAACAUCCCAGCAGCUUCUUCACCAGUCGCACAAAAAUUUGGAAAUAGGUGGACUGGAAGGGGUGCUAUUAAUGCACAGGGAAUUCCCAGUGAUGAUGAUGUGUUGUAUGGCGCAUUUGAUAAAAUACCAUUAGAAGUAAUCAAUGUGUGGGACCUGCCGUCGACGGAGCUCGGGAAAUCCUUAUGAGCCGCCAUGGAUGCAGCUGUUUUGUGUACUCCCCUCCUACAUGGGAGGGGAAGGGGGCAAGGAUUCAGCCCAGUGCUGUCCUGGACCAUGGGAGGCCGAACCGAAGCAUAAGCAUGCUGGAGUAGUUAACCGGUCACUGUUUUGUAUGUUGUGCAGUAGUCCUCCCUUGUUAGAUUCCCUAGAACUAGUCAAGUCACAUUUCCAUAUGCUGGUCCAAGUGAAGCAGCAGCUCCUUACAACCGAGAAAACUAGCUGAUGAUGCCAGUAAUACAGGCCGGGCCGCUCCGGGCCAGUGCAUGUCUUUGUAGGUGAAUGUAGCUCUUAAAACGGUUCCGCUGCGGAUGAUCGACCAGACCGAUCGGUAUGGGUCUUUGUUCGUCUAACCAGUCUAUCAUGUUUUUCUAGUUGAAGAGGUUGUUCUUCUGCUUCUCGUUGAGAUGAUGGGGGAGUUGGUUCUGCUAACAUUGUUCACCUGCCUGUCAUGUAACUUGUAUGAUACAAUUACAGUGCCUUGUGAGCCAGGCCAGACUGAUCUGAGCCACUGAA